CUCUGCCGUCUCACAAUAGUGCGCGGUACUACUGCUCGUCAUCGCAGGAAAGAGGAUUAACUUUGCCACCGGCCCAUCUUAAGGUCCCCCCAAACAUUACACCAUGGCCUCCACUUCCGGUCCAACUUGCAUUGCGACCCAAUCUGUUGCCAGAGACUCUCUUCUCACUCCUGUUAAGAGAAGACGAACUAGGGUUUCCUAUUCGCCAGUCAAGACUCCCAAGGCUGUUGUCCUCCCUGCACGCCGCAAGUCCAUGACGCUCGACAAUCCUGUGACUCCUAUUCAGGAGUCUAUUCUCUCCAAUGCGGCCCUUGACUUCGAAGAAUUCUCUUUCUGGGGUCCUGACGGAUCCCUAUCAACGGCCAAUAUCUCGACUGAAUACAACAACGCCCUGAAGAGAUACUUGAAUCAUCACUACAAUGUUGUGGAGAUUCUGUACUGUGAUCAUUUCCUCGUUCUUGGAUGCGAGGGGGAGCUCCCUCCCGAUGAUAAACGUCCCUUUUCUAUCGCCGGCUGUAUUGCCAUUUGGAAAACAGAGGAUGAAGUGCGAUUCGAUCCGCAUAUCGGCGAGUUGGGCUGGGGAGAACCUAUCCAAAUUGACCCAGCCAUACGCGACAAACUUCAUCAACAUCAAGCCGUGCCUGAUGAGGUUCUACUUUAUCUGGCCAACUAUGUGUUUCCCGACUGCGAAGCCAUAUCUAUGAUGUGGGACGGACUGGUUGUGGAACUACCAAAGACAAGCGAUGAGGACUUCGCGAAACGGAUUCAAACCCUUCCCAUGGACAUCGAAAGAGCCGCAGUCCAUCUGACAUUCCAUAACGGUCCACUGCCAAAUACCCCAAGACGAGCUCUGGCUGUGAAGCCAAAACCAGCAAGGUUGGACACCCUUGUAGCUGAUGAGACCGACUAUGUACAAGCAGAUGGCAAGUUCUAUCCGGGUGCCAUGAUAAACUCCAUUGCGAAAAACGGUCAAGUUUACUCUUCAAUUUCGGCCGGCGUACUUGUCAGUAAGGGUCAACAACAACGGCUUACCUGCUCCUUUCACAACUGGGAAGAUCAUGCGAAGACAUAUCCAGGAAUAUUCGGCGGAAGAGACGCUGAGUCCCGAAGACUCUUCCAAGUUGUACAAGGCAUGGUGAACGGCAACCCUGGUACACCCGUUGGCAUCGUGACGGAGCGAGUCGGCGACACUGAUAUUGCUCUGGCACAGUUGGACAAUGGCAUUGUUUUCGAGAAUACGUUCAUGGAAACAAACGCAAUAGCCAAGACAUUGGUCCACAGCAAAUUCCAGAGUAUGCGAGACGUCUAUGUGAUCGAUUCUUUUGUCACAGGCCAGCAAUUCCUGAAAGGAUUUGGACAGCGAGCGGUGUUCGAACGAAGGGCCGGCAGGCCACACCCCCACCUCUACAGUCCGGCAGGUGCGGAGCACCUAGCACCCCCCCAUACUGUCGCCUACAUCAGAGCUAAGCAAGGGGUAUUUACUACGAACGCUCCGGUAAUGACCAAAGAACCACACAUCCGAGAUAGCGUCUGCGGUACUGUUCUUCUGAGGUGCAAAGAUGGAAAGAGGCAGAAAGAUACUCAAAAACAAGUCUUGGAGCGUGGUGAAGUCUGCGCCAUGAUGCACUUUGCAGACUUACAGUCGAAGACUGCCAAGAAAGCCAACGACUUCCUUAUCUAUGCCGAUGCGUUCGACCCUCUUAUUGACGCUGGCUGGGAAAUAGUCCCGCCUGCCGAGCGGGAGAAUCAGGGGGAAGCCAAGAAUGAUGCGGAGGAAGCCAAGGAGGAGGAGGAGGCGGCCAAGGAGGAGGAGGAGGAGGAGGAGGAGGAAGCCGAAUUUAGCUUGGAAGAGUCGCCCACAAAAAGGCGGAGGGUAUUGUAGGACUUUGAGUGCAGGCACUGGACUGGCCUGGCAUCUUUUGUCUCACAUAUCGCAAGUUCCCAAGCCGAAGUAGUCGUCGAACAUAACACAGUACGGCAUUCAC